AUGACCAAAACAUCUCUCUUCCACCUUUUCCAGGCCCUCACCAUCAGGGGUGUGGACACCGUGUCCCGCAGCUCCUUGGAGAUGUCCCCUUUGGCCCCAGUAACCACCCAUGAGAGAAGAAGCAAGAGGAGAAAACAAAUGUCUUCGGGGACAGAGGAGUGUGGAGAUGACAGGUUCCCCAAGUCCGACUCAGAGGAUGGUCCCAGAGCAAUGAAUCGUCUGAGCAGCAUGCACGGCCUCAGCCGGACCUCCAUGAAGCCGCGCUCCAGCCGCGGGAGCAUUUUUACCUUUCGCAGGCGAGACCUGGGUUCAGAGACGGAUUUUGCAGAUGAUGAAAACAGUACAGCGGGGGACAGCGAGAGCCACCGCACGUCACUGCUGGUGCCCUGGCCUCUGUGCCGGCCCAGUGCCCAGGGACAGCUCAGUCCAGGGACCUCGGCUCCCGGCCACGCCCUCAAUGGUAAAAGAAACAGCACCGUGGACUGCAACGGGGUGGUCUCCUUGCUGGGGGCGGGCAACCCUGAGGCCACCUCCCCAGGGAGCCACCUCCUCCGCCCUGUGAUCCUGGAUCGCCCCCCAGACACGACCACACCGUCGGAGGAGCCAGGCAGGCCCCAGAUCCUGAACGCCCAGGCUCCAUGUAUGGAUGGCUUCGAGGAGCCAGGAGAGCGGCAGCGGGCCCUCAGUGCCGUCAGUGUGCUCACCAGCGCCCUGGAAGAGCUGGAAGAGUCUCACCGCAAAUGUCCAUCAUGCUGGAACCGCUUUGCCCAGCGCUACCUGAUCUGGGAGUGCUGCCCGCUGUGGAUGUCCAUCAAGCAGAGAGUGAAGUUCAUGGUCAUGGACCCAUUCGCCGACCUCACCAUCACCAUGUGCAUCGUGCUUAACACACUCUUCAUGGCACUGGAGCACUACAACAUGACAACUGAAUUCGAGGAGAUGUUGCAGGUUGGAAACCUGGUAAGGGCUGCCAGCAGCCGACUCUCAAAUGGGCAUCCUGGUGUGAUGGGCUCUCGGCCAUCUGGCACAGCCUUCGUGGAUAGUGAGGGGGAUUCAGAGCACAAAAGGAUCUUCUGAAGGUGGGAGUCACCGUGGAAGACAUCUUGGAACAGGAAGUGUCAGGAUCAGGUUUUAAGGAGCUGAGAGAUAUAGCUGGGAGUGAGAAGUUGGGGAUAAAGAUGCCCAGAGGCUAGAAAGCAAAGGUGAGUUGAGGGUGAACUUGAAAUGUGCAGGGACGUGAGAUAUGGCAGUUAGUAAUGGAGGAGGAGAGUGUAUGCAAUAAGAGGCAGUUCUC